AUGUCGUUAUACGUCACCAAACAACUCAAACAACGCCAGGCAGAGGUGUCAGCACUUAUUGAGAAGGCUCAGAGUAAGACGAGUACCGUUAAUCAACACACCACCUCGUCUAGUAGGUGGAGCUCCACCAGCGCCGCCUCUCGCCUCUACAACCACUACCCCGACAGAGUAGUCGGUCUCAUCAACCUGAACGUGCCAUACAUGCUGCCCACCGGCGAUCACUUCGACCUAGAAAAGCUCAACACCAUGACCAAGGAGCACGUGGGCGCAGCAUUGUUUUCCUACUGGCAAGUCUGCGCCGACGAGCACGGCCACAAGCUACUCUACGACAACCUUGAACGCACUUUCCGCGCCCAGCAUGUGGAGCACCAUAUCAUGGCCGAUCUAGGAACAGUCCCUGGCGCAAUGAAAGACUACCUCAUUAACGAGCAUAGUCUGCGCAAGUACGCCCAAGACCCGCAAUUUAAGAAGACUUUCAUCGAUCGCAUGACUAGAGAUGGGCUCGAAGGACCACAGUGCUGGUGCCGCGCUGUAGUGAUGAACUAUCAGAGUACGAGUGAUAAAGAGUUGCCCUGGGAUAGAAUGGUGGUUAAGGUGCCGGCACUGUAUAUCGGGACAAAGGAUGAUCCUGUCUGUCGAUCGGAAAUCAUGGCUUCGUACAAGAAGCAGCUUUUGCAGCAGCUUGAGGAAGCGGACAUGGUCGAUGCAGCGCAUUGA